GGAGAUGACCCCUGCCUAAAUGGAGGUCUCUGCAUACCUUUCUUCAGUGGUGGCUACCAGUGCAAAUGCCCCAUGCGUUUUGCUGGCGAAAUCUGCAAGAAUAGUAAUUCUUGCGAGAAAAAUCCUUGCAAGAAUGGAGGUGUGUGUCUGCCGUUGAACGCAACGGACUACAGGUGCGACUGUAUGUCGACAGCAUUUGUAGGCAAAAAUUGCGAAUACGCUGAUCCGUGUGGGAUGAAUCCGUGUUUGAAUGGUGGGAUUUGCAAAUCCUUCGGAAGUGGGAGUUAUAGAUGUGAUUGUCCAAGUCUAUUUAGUGGAAACCAAUGCCAAACUAUCGACGUUUGUAUAAAUAAUCCCUGUCUGAACGGUGGUGUUUGCAAUCAUUCGGAGGACAACGGAGAAAAUUUCACGUGCUCAUGUCCGGACUCAUUCUUCGGAGAACAUUGUGAAUAUCAAGAUUUUUGUGGUAGCAAUCCAUGUUUGAACGGAGGGGUGUGCAAAAAUUUGGUCCCCGGCGGAUUCCGAUGUGAAUGUUCCGGAUCAUUUAGCGGGAAACACUGUGAAAAAACAAAUGUCUGCGAGCCAAAUCCUUGUUUCAACGGUGGCAGUUGUUUCCCAACGAAUUCCACGGAUUACGAAUGUCAUUGUUCAGGUCCAUUCCGUGGGAGAAAUUGUGAAAUUCAGGGUUAG